CAUCCCUUCCUCAUCCGGCCGCCGCGCGUACCGGAAGCUCGAAACGACAUGCUCCUGGGCGCCACGGCCACUGAGCCCUCUCUCCCUCCACUCCCCACCGCCGCCGCCGCCGCCGCCGCCGCCGUCCUUCCGGCGAGCUUGGGUUCAUCCAUGCGCGGUUCCCCUCUCUCCUCCGCUCCCUCUCCCUCUCCCCUGCACCACCGUGGCGGCGGCGGCGGCGGGGGCCGCAACGCUCUGUUUCUCCUCAGCAACCCGCAGCGGCUCUCUUUCGCCGCCCUCCGCCUUCCCUUCUCCCGGCCCCCCUCCUGGUCUCGCCCCGCGCCUCCCCGCUUCGCUGAGUAGUUCCGUCGAGCAGGUGGUGGACGGGCCGGAUUCGGACGAGAACUGGGAUUUCACGAGCAGGGGUGGUGACUCCGAUGGGUUCAGCUUCGAUGUGGGGUCCGUGGGGAGCGACAUGAGGCAACUGGGGUCGCCGCCCCCCGCGGUGGAGGUUAGGGAGCUGGAGGAGGUACCGGAGCAGUGGCGGCGGGCGAAGCUGGCGUGGCUGUGCAAGGAGUUGCCGGCGCAGAAGGGCGGGACUCUGGUGAGGAUUCUGAACGCGCAGAGGAAGUGGAUGAGGCAGGAGGAUGCCACCUAUGUGACUGUUCACUGUAUGAGGAUCCGGGAGAACGAGACCGCCUUCAAGGUGUACAAGUGGAUGAUGCAGCAACAUUGGUAUAAAUUUGAUUUCGCGCUUGCGACGAAGCUUGCUGAUUACUUGGGUAAGAACCGGAAAUUCGCCAAGUGUAGGGAGAUAUUCGAUGACAUAAUAAACCAGGGACGGGUUCCAAGUGAAUCUACUUUCCACGUUCUCAUAGUUGCAUAUCUGAGUGCACCCAUCCAAGGUUGCCUCGAGGAAGCAUGUAGCAUUUACAAUCGCAUGAUCCAGUUAGGAGGGUAUCAGCCUCAACUUAGUUUGCACAACUCUCUAUUCAGAGCUCUGGUGAGCGGCUCGGGAGCCUUGUCGAAGCAUCAUCUCAAGCAAGCAGAGUUUAUAUUCCAUAAUUUGGUGACAUCUAGGCUCGAAAUACACAAGGAUAUUUACGGGGGUCUCAUAUGGCUGCAUAGCUAUCAGGACACUAUAGAUGGAGAGCGGAUCGCUGAACUUAGAAAGGAGAUGCAAGAAUCUGGAAUUGAAGAGUCUCGAGAGGUGCUUUUGUCUGUACUGAGGGCUUGCUCUAAGGAGGGGAAUUUGGAUGACGCUGAAAGGGUUUGGCUCAAACUUCAGCAUUUGGGUGAUAAGCUUCCUUCUCUGGCUUAUGUUUACAAAAUGGAAGUCUAUGCGAAGGUUGCAGAGCACACGAAGUCAUUGAAAUUAUUCAGGGAGAUGCAGGAGCAUUUGGGUUCGGCUACCGUGGCAGCGUACCAUAAAAUUAUAGAUGUGAUUUGUAAAGCUCAAGAUGUGGAAUUGGCAGAAUCUCUCAUGAAAGAGUUCAAGAAUAGUGGUCUAAAGCCCCUCAGUCCUUCUUUUAUUGACAUGAUGAAUAUGUAUUUCAACUUAGGCCUGCACGAUAAACUAGCGUCAGCUUUCUCCCAGUGUGUAGAGAAGUGUCAGCCAAAUCGUGUAAUAUAUGGCAUUUACUUGGAUUCUUUGGUGAGGAUUGGUGACAUUAGCAAAGCCGAGGAGAUUUUUAGUGAAAUGCAUAGUAGCGGAGCUAUUGGCAUCAGUGGACGUAAUUGCAACUCCAUUUUAGGUGGUUAUUUGUCCACUGGGGACUAUGUGAAGGCAGAAAAAGUAUACCAUCUAAUGUGUCAGAAAAGGUAUGAAAUUGAACCGGCCUCAAUGGAAAAGCUUGACCCUAUCCUUAGUUUGAGAGGAAAAGCGGUUAAGAAGCCAGUGAGCCUCAAGCUGACCAAAGAGCAAAGGGAAAUUUUAGUGGGUAUGCUCUUAGGUGGUUUACAAAUAGAUUCUGAUGAACAGAGAAAAAACCACAUGAUCAAGUUCAAGUUCAAUGAGAAUUCUGGGAUGCAUUCUGAUCUGAAGAGACAUAUCUACGAGCAUUACCAUGAGUGGCUACAUCCUUCUUGCAAGUUAGAUGAUAAUUCCAAUGAAAUACCAAAUAGCUUCUCCACGAUUCGUCAUUCAUAUUUCGGUUUCUAUGCAGAUCAGUUUUGGCCCAGAGGGAAACCGGUGAUUCCAAAGUUAAUACAUCGGUGGUUGUCACCAUGUGCCCUUGCGUACUGGUACAUGUAUGGGGGCUACAGGAUGUCAUCAGGAGAUAUAUUGCUUAAACUUAGAGGAAGUCAAGAAGGAGUUGAGAGAGUUGUUAAGGCGUUAAAAGCAAAGUCCUUGGAUUGCAGGGUAAAGAGGAAAGGACAGGUGUAUUGGAUAGGUCUACUAGGAAGCAAUUCUACGUGGUUUUGGAAAUUGAUCGAACCUUAUGUACUGGACUUGAAUUUUGCUCAAGAGGAUGAUGGAGAAAUCCUCAGCUUCAACAGUGGUUCUGACUCUGAUAAGAAUUCUGAUAACAGUGAAGAGGAUAGGUAGUGGAGAGGUAAACCUGAAGUUUGUUUUUGUAUCCUGAUAUCAUUGCAUUGACUUCACUGUGAGAAAUUCCCACCCUCCACCAUAACACUGCAAUUUGUGAUGAAAUCUAGGAUAUCAUGCCCACCUUUAUGCCAUUUUGAGUUCAUCUGAAGCUAUAUAUGUAAAUAUAAAAUGUAGAGCAUGUUUUUACAGAGCGAAAGCUUCUUUUCUUUCAAUUCAUGUUCAUUGUUAUGAA